GGGCGUGGCCUCAGUUAGUUUACUCUCGCGUUAUUGGUCAAAACGCGUACGCUCGCCGGAGAAUCAACCAAUGGAGAGCGAGAUCUCCGUCUCCAGGCGCACACAUAGCAACGGCUUGGGGACGCCUCGUGCAAUUAAUGUUUAACCGGGCCCCCAUCAUUCACUCCCACGCUUAACACCACAAAUAUUACCACGUACUAUUAUUGUUAUUGCUAAAGUUAGUGCCUAUUGCAGGCGAUUAAGCGCGGAAUUAUGUGCUGGCGUCGUGAGUAGAAACUUCGGGGUUCGUGCUCCUGCAAUCAACAGGGCCGUUGCAGUGCUUUAGGAUGAGCAGCAGUGACCAUGAAGAUGAUGGAGAGUGGAACGAAGAAGAGGAAGAAGAGGAGGAGAAAACAGAAGAUGCGGAGCAGCUGGCAAAAUCAGAGAGAGAUGAGGAGAGGAAGGAUGUGGGGAGUGGGAAGGAGGAGGAGGAGGAGGAGGGAGAGGAAGGUGCAUGGGAGGGAGAUGAAGGGGACUAUGAGGAUGCAUUGGCACCGGUUGAAAUUCGGGGACCCUUCCUCCCUUGCCCACCUCCCAUCUCCUCCCUCCAGCAGGGCUUUGUGGAGGUGUCUGCCAGCCCAGCCUUCCACUGCCUCGAUCAGCUGUUUCACACAGGCCAGAUCACGGGUGCACGUGUUGCACAACUCAAGGAGCUGUACAGCCGCUUGCAGGAAUCAUUCAAACUGACCCGCGACUCCGAGGAGGCGCUGCUCCGGGAGACGAAGCGCUACACAGAGGAGCUGCAGGGCCAGAGGGGGCAGCUGGAAAGUGCCGAUGCCUUCCCCGACGGGCAGAGCACGGACGUGGGGCGGCUCCGCUCCCAGCUGCUGCGUCACCACAAUGCCCUGUCUCAAAGCGAAGAGACCCACACACAGCUGCACUACAAGAUCCAGAGUUUACAAGAUGAGAAGAAUUUGCUUCAAAAGGAAUAUGAACGCAUGCCAAAGCCAGGGGACCUGGAGAGAAAGGCCAAGCUGGUCAUGGAGGGCUGCGAAGAUCUACGCAGGGAGGUGUCACAGCGCAAGGCAGAGGUGCAGAGUCUGCAGGAGGAGCUGGAAAGCAGGCAAGGGCAAAUGAUUCGGGAUCAGAAGAGCCUGAACCAGCAGAAGAUUAUGCGGGAAAAUCUUAAGAAUGAACUGGUCCAGAUCCACAUGGUUCCUGGAGAGAUUAUGAAGGAAAUCAAGGCGGUUGAGCACAAAAAACAGGAGCAGGAGGAGCGGCGGGCGGCGCUGGAGGCGCAGAGCCGGGAUGCCCAGGCAGCACUGGCGGGGGCAGCGGUGCGGGCGGAGGAGGCGCGGCACGAGGCGGUAGCGGUGGCAGAAGAGCUGGACGCUCGGCGUACGCAGCUGGACGCGCAGCGGCACGAGCUGCAGAGGCUGGCACGAGACCUCGCCUUCGCUGGAGAGCGGGAGGCCCAGCGCCAGGGCGACCGGGCGACGUGCGACCUGCGUCUGCGCCACGCCGGUGUCGAGAAGAGGGCGCAGCACGAGCUCCUGCUGCAGCGCGAGCGCGAGAAGGAGCGCGAGCUGCGCGCCCUCGCCAAGGCCGACAAGCAGUUGAAGGCGGCGCGUGACGCGCUGGCGCUCGUGCAGAGCGCGCAUGCCAAGACGCACGCGCAGGUCGACUCCAUGCCCCAAGAUGACGGCUCCAACGCACACAGAAUCAAGGAAUUGCGCGAUGACAUUGAAGCAAAGAAAAGGCAAUUGUUAAAGGAGGAGUCACUGAGCGAAGCGGAGGCACGCGCCAUGGAGGCUCACCUGGCGGAGGAGGCUCGGCUCGGUGGGCUCCACAUGGAGCUGAGGGAGCAGCUCAGGAGCCUGCUCCACCUGGCGCAGGUGAAGGCCGAGGAGCGCGAGCAGAAGUCCCGCGACAGCGCCAAGGCCAAGAUUCGAUACGAACGGAUACUGCAGGAGGUCAAAGCCAAGGACCUCUCCAUCGUGGACCACAAGAAGAGGCACCAGGAGAUCGUGUUGAGGCUCAAGGAGUUUUCCCAGCUCUACAACGUCAUCAAGCUGGAGCGCAACAGGUGUGCCAACAUGAUCCUGGCAGCGGCGCAGCAGAGCGCCGAGACUCGAGAGAAGCUCAAGAUCCUGGAGAACGAGCUGGAGAUCCUGGUCUCCUCAUCCAGCAGCAAGGCCCUGAUGAUCCAGAAGCAAAGGAAGAAGCACCAGACGGUGGCGCUGUCCCGCGACACCGCCCGUGCGGACACGACGCGGUGCGGGCGUGAAGGGCGAGAGCUGGAGGAGCGGCACCAGCGCAGCCAGGAAGCGCUGGCGAGGCUGCGCGCCCACGUCGAGCGUGCGCAAAGCGGUAGCCGGGAGCUACGCUCGCGCUACGAAGAGGCCGUGCGUCAGCGCAGAGCCCGGGCGUCCCAGCUGCUGGAGCUCGAGGGCGAGGUGUGCGCGCUGUACGAACGCCUGCACGUGGGCGACACGGCGGCACGCGAGGGCCACGUGGCGCUGCAGGCCCUGGAGGAGGAGGCGCGCUUCUUGGCCAUGGCGCGCCUCGAGGAGACGCGGCAGCUGGGCCUGGCACGCCGCGACGGCCCGAGCCGGCGCAUGCUGGACGAGCAGCUCAUCGGCCUGCACCUGCAGCUGUUGCAGUACCAGGACCACAUCCGUGAGCUGGAGGGGCAGCUCGAGGACCCCGAGGGCCGCAGGGUCCGAUUCCUCGAAGGAAAGGACCUCUCCCCCAGUGAGCUCGCCAGGAAAACUGAGGAGCUGGAGGAGCAGCUGGCACACAAGGAGGAGCAGCUGCUGGAGAAACAGCUGGUGCUGGAGCAGGUGUCUCGGCUGGCGGAGCGUGCAGAUGCACAGGCGCGCGAGGGGCACAACGACACUCUGUCGCUCGCUGGGAAGAUGAACGGGGUGCGGGGCCGCCUGCGUGCCCGCACGCGCCGCCUCAUGGCGCUCGUGUCGGAGCUGGCCAUGCGGCAGGCGGCGGCGCUGCGCCUGCAGCAGGAGGUGCGGGAGCGGGCGGCGCUGGUGGAGUCGUGCCACGCGCGACUCGCCCAGGGGCUGGCGCCCUGCGACGGCGCCGAGCGCGAGUGGCGGAGCGCGCUCCGCGACGAGCACCGGCGCCGGUGCGAGCGGCUGGCGCGGCAGAAGGAAGAGGCGGCCGCGGCAGACCGGACGAUGGCCGGCGACGGCGCAGCCUCCACCGCCGAGCCGCGACCCAAUUGCUACAUCCCCGACGACGAUUUGGGACUCCCCGUGCCGCGACCCUAUGGAGCCCUGGCCCCGUUCAAGCCCAGCGAGACAGGUGCCUCAAUGAGGCACAUCCGCAAGCCCAGCAUCAAGCCCAUCGAGAUUUAGAGCAGGGACUGCCAACCGCGGGGUCGCGCACACCGACGGGAGGGGCUCCGCGGGAGGCAACUUUGAUAGAGCUGGCCUCUCUCCGACUAUUUAAGGAAUCGAUCGCUCCACCCAUGAUCGGUUCCAUUGCUCAACAAAUCGGAUAACACGACGGUAGUCGAAAUGCAACAUCCCUAGUGUGUUCCCACGUGUGACGGGGGACGGGAGGUCAUGAGCAGAGCUUGAUGGCGUCAUGGUCGUCGGCCGCGUCGCGCUAGCAGUGACGGCCGCCGAGUAAUCGCCGGCAAAAGGAGUCUCUUACGUAAGUUUUAGUGGAGGGAUUUACUUGGUUGACUCAUCGUGCCAGCUCUCACCUGUCAAGGUAAUCGAGCGCCCAGAGGCCACAUCCACAUAUUGGAUUCAUUUUGAAGUAAUUAUGUCUCCUUGCACAAAUAGUUUGACUGUUCAUGACGUGACAGUCUUGUCGGGUGGUGGAGGGUUAAUGACAAGAAUUUUGGCAUAAAACUACCACGUGGCCUAACCCAAAACCAAACGUGGACUCAUUGGAUUUGCCACAAAAGCUGGGUUCUAUGUUCCUCUUCCUGUCUCUCAAUGUAAUGCCAAUCGUGCAUCUUUGAGUACUUAACAGUUUCUACAUAAUUUUUUAAAUAAAUUUGUAUGUUUAUGAUCGAUAUACAUCUCAACAGUAUAACCCCUGCUUGUGUUUUGAGUUGCGUCUUUAAGCACAUGGGAAGGCUGAGACGUACAUUAGAUAAGCUAUACAACCAUGCAGUGUUGCACCUGUGGGUUUCCUCCCAUACGUAUAAACACAAUCUGGUUGCCAACUGUCCGGGUUUGACCCAUAAAAUGGGUAUUAACAUUCAUAAAUUGUCUGAAAACAUCUUAACAUAUAUAGGGGACUGCAGAACUUGGGAAAUUGUUGGUGACGGCUCACCACCUGGCUGCUGCCUUCCCAGUUGUCUGUGGUUCCUCCCCGUGCCUCUGAGUUGUUCUCUCGUUGAGAGUGAGUGAGUAAUGCAUGGCGGCACGUUGCAAGUUAAAUUUAUUAAUGUUACAGUGGCAUUCCACUAAAAAAAAAAACAACAAAGCGCCAUUGAAGCCAGCUACUCAUAUGUAUUCGAUUUGCCAAAUCAUAUUAUGAUAAAUCAUUAUAUUAUGAAAAUAUUAAUUUUGACUGCUGUUUUUCAGAUGUUUUGUAAUUGUAUGCUUUGCCAAUUUCAGACUAAAUGAUGGAAUAUCAACCACAUGUUUUGGUUAUUGUGGAAGCGAUUUGUUUUCGUUAUUUGUGUUAUCCCAAUGGUAACGUGUGGCUGUAGUGUGAAAAUUCAUGUAGUAUGUGUUGGUGCAGUGUAGCAAUAUAUUGAAACGGUGUUGUCACUGAGUAACCCUUAUGUCUUGACUUAAAGCUUUCGUGACUGCAGGAAUUCAUAGAUAGAAAAAUAAUUAAAAAAUAUCACGAAGUUUUGAUCGCAACAGCAACUCUUCCGCUUUAUUUUUUCACCUGAUGACGAUUGCUUGUGUUGCGAUCGAAACGUCGUGAUAUUUUUAUUUUAAAAAUAAUUUUUCUAUUUACGUGGCUUGACCGAAAGACCCAUAUUAUUCUUGAAUUGUGUGAGGUUUUCCUGCUUUAAAAUGUGCAUGGUGGCAACAUCAUUGUUUCACGUGGAUAAAUUGUACCCAUCAGUGGAAAAAGUGUGGUUUAUGCUGCCCUCCCAGUCAAAGAUGGAUAUAAGCCACAACCCAGUGGAGCAAGGCCAAGUGUGCUUAUGUCUUAAAGUGUAUUGAUUACCCAACCUUUUCUGCAAAUAAUAACCUUGUAAACGUAUAACAACCGUAACAAUGCCUUUAACAUAUGUGCAGAAUUGGUUCGGUUCAGUUUAGUACUUCCCCACCAAGUGGCUUCUGCUGUAUCGCAGCAGUGAACAGAUAUGCAAUCACACAUGCACACAUCGGAGUGAGAGAGAGUCCAGCCACAGCAACACUUCCUGCAAUGGGCAUGCAUGUUGACAGCGAUAGGGCUCGCCAUUGUUUAUGUUGGUGCCUGCGCAGCAUUUAAAUAAAGACACAAAUGCAGAAGCAAA